AUGUCUUAUUCAACCACAAGUUCAGGAUAUCAAUUCAUUAGUUGUUAUUUGAUGAACAUCAAUCGAUUAUUUAUAAAGAUUUUUAAUAAUAGUUUGUUAGCAAGAUUAAUAAUUCAAUAUGUAAAAUAUAUUCACCAAACAAUAAAACCAAAGAGUUUUGGAGGAAAAAAUGAAGAGAAUAAACCCAUUCAAGUUUAUUCAUACAAUGAAAUGAUGGAAUCUCCUUUUAUCAUGACCGGUAAUGGUUAUUUAGAACUACUAAAAGAAUAUUUGUAUCGAUUAGAAUAUCCAAUGACUGGAAAUAGUGUUACAACAAGACUUGGUCAAACUGUUUUCGGUUGCGCAGCACUGGUAGGUCGCGUAGAUCUGUUGGAAUGGCUACAAGAGAAUCGACCACAAGAUAGAAAGUGGGCAACACUCUAUCAUUGUGCAAUCAUAGCUGCAUUCAAUGAUCAACUCGAGAUAGCACAGUGGUUAGUUGAAACCUACACUGAAUCACUAAACAAAGGUGUAUUAGAAAAGAUCAUUGAAUUUGAUCAAAAUAAAACAAUCGAAUGGAUAAAAGAAAACAAGAUUAGAGAAUAG